AAUGCAUUGAAGAUGCAAGUGAAAUGAGAGGUUGAGAUUGAAAAUUUGGGUCUUAUCACGAAAGUGAACUAUCGCAAAUUAGGAAUCAAGGUCAACAAUUUUGAUUACAAAUUAACAAAUUCAGGUGGUGAGAGUGUUUAUUAAAUAUAUAGUAUAUAAAAUACUUAGAGACGGACAAGUAGUCUCAGCAGCAUAGGCCCAAGCGUGGCGCCAGCUCAGUUUAGCGCCAUUAGGAGGACGCGCUUUCUACCUACAAUUUUGAUGAGUGUGUUAGCAUUGGAUCGUCGUUGAGCGUUUUGAUUCUGGUGCCUGUCGCUUCCGCCAUGCAAGGUGGUUCAUCAGGCAUUGGCUACGGCCUCAAAUACCAGGCUCGAUGCAUUGCCGAUGUCAAAGCAGAUACUGAUCACACCAGCUUCAUAACCGGCACCCUCAGCCUCAAAGAUGAAAAUGAGGUGCAUUUGAUUCGGCUUUCAUCGAGUGGAUCCGAACUCAUAUGCGAAGGUUUGUUUUCUCACCCCAAUGAGAUCUGGGACCUGGCGUCUUGCCCCUUCGACCAGCGCAUUUUCUCUACCGUCUUCUCCAAUGGUGAAAACUUUGGGGCAGCAAUAUGGCAAAUCCCUGAGUUAUACGGUGAAUUGAAUUCUCCUCAGUUGGAACGGGUGACAUCACUUGAUGAACAUGCUAGUAAGAUCAAUUGCGUUCUUUGGUGGCCAUCUGGAAGGCAUGAUAAGUUGAUCAGCAUUGAUGAGGAAAAUAUUUUACUAUGGAGCUUGGAUUGUUCAAGAAAAGCUGCUCAGGUACAAUCAAAGGAGUCCGCUGGGAUGCUUCAUUAUUUGUCUGGAGGGACGUGGGAUCCACAUGAUUCAAAUGCUAUUGCAGCAACUAGUGAAUCAUCCAUUCAAUUUUGGGAUUUAAGAACAAUGAAGAAGUCAGACUCGAUUGCAUGCUCUGCGUAUGUUCGCAAUGUGGAUUACAACCCCAAAAAGAAGCAUUUACUUGUAACUGCUGAGGAUGAAACUGGAAUAUCUAUCUGGGACCUUAGAAGGCCACAAGUCCCGAUCCAACAACUUCCUGGGCAUACCCACUGGACAUCUGCUGUUCGUUGUAAUCCUGAAUACGAUGGGCUAAUUUUGAGUGCUGGUACUGAUUCUGCUGUCAACUUAUGGUUGGCAUCCAUGUCUGAUGAUGAACUAAAAUCUGAAAGGAAGGUCGAUUCAUCUCCACGGCAAGGUGAUCCAUUAUUGCAUUCUUACAGCGACUACGAAGACAGUGUUUAUGGCCUUGCUUGGAGCUUUCGUGAGCCUUGGAUCUUCGCAUCACUGUCCUACGAUGGGAGGGUUGUUGUUGAAUCAGUGAAGCCUUUUCUCUCAAGAUAAUGGAGUUCAUUUUAGAUCUUUCUCAAUAUCGAUUGCUUCCUCAGUCUGAUUCAGAGUUUCUCAUUACGGCAACUGGACUUGCUAUAACCUUCUCUCAAAGCUUAUCUCUCUUCCAUCAGCGAGACUAAUUGUUACUGAACGAAGCCUCACUCGUCUUUUCCACAUCAGCGACGAGAUUGAGAGCGUGAGGACUUGUCCAGUAACAGAGAAAGAGAACUACUAGGGAAUACUUUUAUUGUACUGAGAAUAUCAUAGCUGUUAUGAACUACCAAGUCACAUCUUCUUCUAUCAUGUAUUGUUUUGUUGUGUUGAACUUGCUCAACAACUAACGCACAUAGAUUAAACUUUCAACUAGAAAAGAAAAAUAACGUUAUACAUUUUGAUUUCCUCUUGCUUUGGAUGCCUAUGUUGUUAGGCGCAAGCACAGCUGGGAAACAAGAACAUCCAACCA